CGUAUUGACUCCGCCAUGGCCCUGAGGCGAGUCUUCCUGCUGCGCUCUGUGGCACCACGCGGAGCAGCCUUCUCAACCGAACCGCAGGCCCACGGGCAGCUUCCCACGAGCCCCGGGUCUGUGCGGGGAUGCGGAGCAACCGAGCCUGUGCGGCGCCCUGUGCCAGCCGUGGACUUCACCAACACGCAGGAGGCGUACCGCAGCCGGCGGAGCUGGGAGCUGGUGCGCAACCUGCUAGUGCUCCGCCUGUGUGCGUCGCCAAUGCUGCUGGCACACCACGAGCAGUUGUUCCGUGUUGCCAGGAAGCUUCUAGGGCAGAGAAUGUUCGACAGACUAAUGAAGAUGACCUUCUAUGGCCACUUUGUGGCUGGCGAGGACCAGGAGUCUAUCAAGCCUCUGAUCCGGCACAACAAAGCCUUCGGUGUUGGCUUUAUCCUGGACUACGGAGUGGAGGAAGAUCUGAGCCCCGAGGAGGCGGAGCGCAAAAAGAUGGAGUCAUGCACCUCUGAGGCAGAGAGAGACAACACUGGCACAAAUAAGAGGGAGAAACAAUAUCAGGUCCACCGCGCCUUCGGAGAUCGCAGAGAUGGUGUCAUCAGUGCGCGCACCUACUUCUAUGCCAAUGAAACCAAGUGUGAUGACUACAUGGAAAACAUACUACAGUGCAUCCAGGCCUCAGGUGGAGCCAGUGACGGUGGUUUCUCAGCCAUUAAGCUCACUGCACUGGGGAGACCUCAGUUUCUGCUGCAGUUCUCAGACGUGCUGACCAGGUGGAGACGGUUCUUUCAUCAAAUGGCCGCAGAGCAGGGACAGGCUGGCUGUGCUGCUGUGGACAGGAAGCUGGAGGUGGCGGUGCUCCAGGAAAGCAUCGAAAAGAUGGGCAUCGCAUCCAGGGCUGAGAUCGAGGGCUGGUGCACACCAGAGACGCUGGGAGUGUCUGGCACUGUGGACUUGCUGGACUGGAACAGCCUCAUUGACAGCAGGACCCAGCUCUCCAGGCAUCUGGUGGUCCCCAAUGUGCAGACAGGCCAGCUGGAGCCCCUGUUGUCACUGUUCACUGAGGAGGAAGAACAGCAGAUGAAGAGGAUGCUGCAGAGGAUGGAUGUGCUGGCCAAGAAAGCUAAAGAUGCAGGCGUGCGGCUGAUGAUAGACGCUGAGCAGAGCUACUUCCAGCCGGCCAUCAGCCGCCUGACCCUGGAGAUGCAGCGCAAGUUCAAUGUGGAUAAGCCGCUCAUCUACAACACAUUCCAGUGCUACCUCAAGGAUGCCUAUGACAAUGUGACCAUGGAUAUGGAACUGGCUCGCCGUGAGGGCUGGUGUUUUGGGGCUAAGCUCGUACGUGGUGCAUACAUGGCCCAGGAGCGUGCCAGGUCUGUGGAGAUUGGCUACGAGGAUCCCAUCAACCCUACAUAUGAAGCCACCAAUGUCAUGUACCACAGGUGCCUUAACUAUGUUUUGGAGGAGCUGAAGCACAGCACCAAGGCUGAGGUGAUGGUGGCGUCCCACAAUGAGGACACGGUGCGCUUCGCACUGUGCAGGAUGGAGGAGUUAGGCUUGCACCCUGAUGAUGGCCGGGUGUGCUUUGGACAGCUGCUGGGGAUGUGUGACCAAAUUAGCUUCCCACUAGGCCAGGCAGGCUUUCCUGUGUACAAGUAUGUGCCCUACGGUCCUGUGAUGGAGGUGCUCCCUUACCUGUCCCGCCGUGCCCUGGAGAACGGCAGCAUCAUGAAAGGUGCUCAGCGGGACAGGCAGCUGUUGUGGCAGGAGCUCUGCAGGCGGCUGCGCACCAGAAGCCUCUUCUACCAUCCAGCCUAG